ACAACUGUGAAUAAUAUUGUGAUUGUUCAUUUUGAUAUAUUUAUAAGCACAAUUAUAUUAAUUGUCAAGAGAGAAACUACAACCAGAACAGGGCGGAACUGUUGUUUAACGUCGACGUUUCUCAGCGGACUCAAUUUAACAACACAGUCGGAGAAUAUCAACGACGCUGUUUUUUGACAGCAUAUUGUUUUUUCCCCUUCUUGUCACCAGCAACAGUAAGAGGUUUCUGUUUCUUUUAAAAACACCAGAAUGUCUAUAUUCACGCCAACAAAUCAAAUACGGCUCACUAAUGUGGCCGUGGUGAGGAUGAAGAAGGGAGGGAAGCGCUUUGAAAUUGCCUGCUACAAGAACAAAGUUAUGAGCUGGAGAUCAGGAGCAGAGAAAGAUCUGGAUGAAGUGAUGCAGACACAAACAGUUUUCAUAAAUGUGUCCAAAGGUCAGGUGGCUAAGAAGGAUGACUUGACCAAAUCUUUUGGGACAGAUGAUCUGACAGAAAUCUGCAAACAGAUCUUGGCCAAAGGAGAGCUCCAGGUGUCAGACAAGGAACGGCAGACUCAGCUAGAGACGAAUUUCAGGGACAUUGCAACUAUCGUGGCAGACAAGUGUGUCAACCCAGAGACGAAGAGGCCGUAUACAGUCAGCCUCAUCGAGCGGGCGAUGAAGGACAUCCACUACUCCGUCAAGGCCAACAAGAGCACCAAGCAGCAGGCUCUGGAAGUGAUCCGGCAGCUGAAAGAGACCAUGGAGAUCCAGAGAGCCCACAUGAGACUGCGGUUGGUGCUGCCAGCCAAGGAAGGCAAGAGGGUGAAGGAGAAACUGAAACCGCUCAUGCAGGUUGUGGAGAGUGAGGACUUUGAUGAGGAGCUGGAAAUGGUGUGUCUGGUGGAUCCUGGCUGCUACAGGGAGAUUGAUGAGCUGAUCCGCUGCGAGACCAAAGGCCGAGGCUCCCUGGAAGUUCUGAAUCUGAAGGAUGUGGAGGAGGGAGAUGAGAAGCUAUAGUGACCCAGCCAGUCCAGACUCUUACCUUAUGCACACUAACAUGCCCCACUGUGGCACACAACCUGCAAACUCAUUUAAGGGAAUAUAUUUAAGAUCAAAUUCAUACAAAUUCAGCUACUCCUAUUUCCCAGUCUCUCUCUGUUUAAAAGAUUAAUCUCACUGACAAAAAUUUGUAACCUGUUUUAACUUUUGCAAAGUAUACAAACUGGGUGGGAAUGUAUUCAGAUAAUAUGGUCAGUCAGUAAAUAUUUCUGGCCUGCUUUCAUUUAUUUAUUCUGUUUUUACUUCACUAUUUCUGGACAAAGUCUUUGGUUUCUGCCUUCCACCAGACUCUGUAUGCCAUACAGUCAUGCCCAGUCUCCAAAUCCUAUGGAUAAAUUCUUUAAUUCAUUGAUUUAUAUUUUUUCAUAAUUAAUGUGUUUGCUGUGCAGCAAAUAAAUAUAUAACAAUA